AUGUCCCAUUCUUGGAGGACACCAUGUACAAAGGAGGAAUGGCGAAAAAUCGCGUCGCAGUAUGAACAACUUUGGAACUUUCCAAAUUGUAUUGGUUCUAUGGAUGGCAAGCACAUUGUCAUAAAGCAGCCAAAAAAUAGUGGAUCGUUUUAUUUCAAUUAUAAAGGCACUUUCAGCAUUGUUCUGCUCGCCCUUGUCGACGCAAAUUACAAAUUUAUUUACGUUGAUGUGGGUUGCAACGGCAGGAUUAGUGAUGGAGGGGUGUAUCAAAAUUCUACACUUUCAAAAGCCAUACACGACAACGUUGUCAAUAUUCCACCCCAAAGGUUAGUAGGAAACGGGGAAUAUUUACUACCACAUGUCAUAGUCGCAGAUGAUGCUUUUCCGCUAAAAAAAUAUAUCAUGAAACCCUAUGCGUUUCGAGGCUUAUCUCGUGAGAAACGAAUUUUCAACUACCGAUUAGGCAGAGCGCGCCGUAUAGUAGAAAAUGCUUUUGGGAUAUUAGCAAAUAGAUUUCACGUUUUUUUGUCACCAAUGUUGCUAUCACCCGAAAAUGUAGAGAAAGUCACGCUAGCAUGUUGCGCACUUCACAAUUUUCUUUGUGAGAAAACACCCUCAGAGUAUUCACCACCAGGGUCAUUUGAUGUUGAAAAUUUAUAA